AUGGAGGCGAUCAAAGAUGCUUUAGACCAAAAUAAAGCGGUGCUGAAAGAGGAUAGGUCCGUAUAUAGCUAUUGUUACUAUUUUUAUGCCCGAUUUCAUUCUAGCCAAGCAAAUAUUACACCAUAUCCUGAUCUAGAGGAAGAUGACCUUGCGCCUUUACCUGAAAACAACGAUCGAAGCCCAAUGAAGAAUGCUGAAGAGACACUUAUUUUAAUCCAGCGUGCACGUUUGAACAAGAAACGUGCAACGAAAGUGUUUCGUUCAGAUAAAGAAAAGUACGAGGAUUACAUGAAUUGUGCAAAAUCAUUUUAUGACCAAGCUUUGUCGACAGCGAAAGAGUUCUUGGGCGAUCAUGAAAUAACGUGUAUUUGUUAUAAAUUGUUAGGAGACUUAUACUUACACUUGCGGAAGAACGAUGAGGCAAUGGGAUAUUAUUCUGAUGCAAUAAAACUGAGGAAGAAACUACAACUUGAUUCUAACGAGGCUUUUGUGUACUUGCUCAAGAAUUAUGGGUUAUGUUUACGUUUUUUUUGCCGCUUUGAAGCGUCAGUGGAAAAUUUAAAAGAGGCAUGUGACAUAGCUGAUAAGCUCGCUGAGAAGCACACACCUUGUAGAGCAUAUGUGUUAUAUCAGUUGGCAAACACCUAUCGUGCCUGGAAACCUGAUUGCCAAGAAUCCGCGAAAUACGCUAAAGAGGCAAAGGAGAUGCAAGUGUUGUUGGACCCACGCAAGGUAAAAACAUUGGAAGAUAUUAUAAAAACGGCAGAAGAAUGCAUGAAAAAAGAAAACCACAUCAGGUCAUUACAAAAUAUUGUGAAUGUUAUUAGAACUGAUCGACAGCUCCAACAAAACAGCAGCAUACCCGACAAACCACUGACAUUUGUUGGGCGUGGGGCCGAAGUAAAUAAAAUUAUUUAUUCCUUGGUGGAGAACGGCUGUGGAAUUGUCUCGAUUGUUGGUGGACCAGGAUUUGGCAAAAGCACUGUUGCAGUUGAAGUUUCCCAUCAUUUAAGCAACAAGCAUGACAUCGUCGUUAUUUUCUCAUUUCUAUCAAAUGUUUCAACUGUGCCUGAAGUUCUUCUACGUCUCUGUCUUGACGUUGGCGUUAACCCUGGAGAAGAUCCUGAAUCAGCGUUGAUGUUUUGGUUGAACAAUAUUAAGAAAAAAGUUCUCCUUGUUAUGGACAACAUCGAGCAAAUGCUUGAAGAAGAAGUGAGAUCCGAAUUUACUGAGUUAGUGGUCACGCUCCGCAAGAAUUCACAGCAACAGUUGCAGAUCUUAACAACGACAAGAACCGAAUUCUCAAUUCCUGAACAAACCACCGAAAACGUUCAAUUAGGAGAGUUGGAUGAAAAAUCUAGUGUCGAACUUUUGAGAAAGUGCUGUCUUAAUACAGAAGUAAAAGAUAGUUACUUGUGUGACUUGGCUAACCUGUGUGGUUUUAUUCCCCUGGCUUUGUGUAUCGCUGGACCUCGAAUUGCUGAUCUUGAUGAUCCUUUUGAGUUGAUUCAUUGGCUAAAAGAGAAGCCUGUGAAAACUUUGCUGACCUCUGACAAAAGUCAGUGUGUCCGAAAAGCCAUCGAGUUCUCUUUCCAGCAGUUGAAUGAUGAUGAUAGGAAAGCGUUGGCUCGCCUUUCGUUGUUCAAUGGAAAUUUCCAAAGGAAGUCUGCCGAAGAGGUAAUUGAGAGAGAUGAGUUGGUCACUCAAGAUUUCUUAGAGCAGCUCGUUGCUCGAAGUUUAAUGCAGAGAAGCAGUGACAAUCGCUUCGUGAUUCAUUCACUUAUUCGACGCUUUUUGGCCAAUCAUCAUCAUCAUCAUCUUCAAGAUGAAAAGAUUAUAGCACAAGAAUUGAUGGUGAAGCAUUUUCUGAAGAUGUGUCAUUCUUUAACCAUGGAUUCUUUUUCCAAAAAUGGAUUUACUGAUGCCAGAGAGUUACUGAAGACGGACAGUCACAAUGUUGAGGAAACGUUAAAAGUCUGCUGCCAAGAUCAAGCAACAAACCUGAAUCCAAACAUCGUUGAGUUGUUAGUAAGUAGUGAUAUUUACAAGUCUUCAUCCAGAUUCUUUUGCCGUUUUUGCCGGGAUCUUCUUUCACAAAUUAUUUUGAGGAAUUUUCAGGAAUAUUGUAUUAAUCUGGCGAAAAUUCGAAAGCAACUAACCAUUGAGAUCACAUUUCGUUGUUUGGUAGCAGAUCAAGAAGGUCAUAAAUCUGCAUGGAAAUCUACUGAAUAUAUCGACAUGAUGGAGGCGAUCAAGGAUGUUUUAGACCAAAAUAAAGCGGUGCUGAAAAAGGAUCGGUCAUUAUAUAGCUAUUGUUACUAUUUUUAUGCCCAAUUUCAUUCUAACCAAUCAAAUAUUACACCAUGUCCUGAUCUCGAGGGAGAUGACCUUGCCCCUUUACCUGAAAACAACGAUCGAAGCCCAAUGGAGAAUGCUGAAGAGACACUUAUUUUAAUCCAACGUGCACAAUUGAACAAGAAACGUGCAAUGAAAGUAUUUCGUUCAGAUAAAGAAAAGUACGAGGAUUACAUGAACUGUGCAAAGUCAUGUUCCAGUCAAGCUUUGUCGACAUCUCAAGAGUUGUUGGGCGAUCAUGAAUUAACGUGUAUUUCUUAUAAAGUAUUAGGAGACCUGUACUCACUCUGGCGGAAAAACAAUGAGGCGUUGCCGUAUUAUUCCGAUGCCAUAAAACUGAGCAAGAUACUAAAACUUGAUUCCAACGAGCCUUUCGUGUACUUGCUAAAGAGUUAUGGGUCAUGCUUGUCUUUUCUUCGUCACUUUGAUGAAUCGGUGGAAAUAUUAGACGAAGCUCGCGACAUAGCUGACAAACGCGCUCAGAAGCACUCCCCUUGUAGAGCCAAUGUCUAUUGUGCGUUGGCAGGAACGUAUCGUGCCUGGAAACCUGAUUGCAAAGAAGCCGCGAAAUAUGCUAGUGCAGCAGUCGAGAUGGGAGAGUCGUUAAACUCACGCAGCGUAAAAACAAUGAAAGACAUUAUUAAAACAGCAGAAGAACACAUGGAGUGA